AUGUCUUCUGGAAACCCUGAAGAUGUCCCCCAGGAGCCUGAGCCUGAGGCCUCAAGCUUCAAGAAAAAAAAGAAGAAAAGAAGGUGGCUACAGCAAGAGGCCAGCAUUGAAGCCCUCACCAGGGCUGGCCAUGGGGCCCUACAGGCUGGCCAGAACCAUGAGGCCUUGACCAGCUUCCAGAGGGCCUUCCUAUUGGCCUCUGAGAACCCACAGACCAGGGACACCCCUGUGCUCCGGGCCUGUGCCUUCAACUUGGGGGCUGCUUAUGUGGAGACUGGGGACCCAGCCAGAGGCCUUGAGCUGCUCCUGCGAGCCCAGCCUGAAGGGAAGGCGCAGGGCAGGCACCACGGUGACCAGUGUUUCAAUGUAGCUUUGGCCUACCAAGCCCUUGGUGACCUGCCUCAAGCUUUGGCCUGGUACCACAAGGCUCUGGGUCACUACCAGCCACAGGGGGACCAGGGGGAAGCACAGGCAAAAAUGGGAGCCUGCUACCAGGCUCUGGGACAGCCUGAGCUAGCAGCCCACUGCCUGCAGGAAGCAAGCCAGGCCUAUGCCCAAGCAAGGCAGCCCCGGGCUGCCGCCCUGGCACUUGGGGCUGCAGCAGGGUGUAUGCUGAAGAGCGGACGGCACCGGGCAAGCGAAGUUGUGCAGGUGCUGGAGGAGAGCCAGAGGCUCGCUGGAAGGAGCGCUGAGCAGGGACUGCUGGGGCACCUCUAUAAUGACCUAGGCCUGGGCUACUCCCAGCUCCAGCUGUUCCCACUGGCCAUGGAAGCCUUCCUGCAGGCUCUGCCCCUGUGCCGGGGGCCAGGAGAGCAGGCCACAGUGCUGAGAAACCUUGGAAUGGCCCACAACGCCCUCGGCAACUAUCAGGAAGCUCGGGAGUUUCACCAGAGGGCUGCCAACCUACAUGGCUCUGUGGGGCAGCGAUGGGAGCAGGGCCGGAGCUUUGGCAGCCUGGCAUUUGCAUUGAGCCAGCUGGAGGACCACACAGCUGCCAGGGACAACUACCUGCAUGCCCUGCAAGCUGCCCGGGACACCGGUAAGUGGGACAUGAAAGGGCAGUGGCAGGCCUGUGAGGGGCUGGGGGCUGCUGCAGCCAGACUGGGGCAGUAUGACCAGGCCUUGAAGUACUAUAAGGAAGCGCUGGCCCAGUGUCAGAAGGAGCCAGAUUCUGUGCGAGAACGGCUGGUGGCCAAGCUGGCAGAUGCUAUGAGGACCCACUUGAGCCAGGUAGGGCUGGUCCAGUCUCAUACUCUGGCCAUGGCUCCAGAAAGGCCCCAGACUACAGGCAGAGUCUGCCGCCGGGCGAAGACGCCAACCUGGGCGCAACCAAGCACAUCAGAAACCCUACUCGGGGCUCUUGGGUCUGCUCUGCCCGUCGUGCUUGUUCCUUGCCCCUGUAGGUCUACUAGCAGGUGGAAAGUCGGAGAGCUGGAGGUGAGCCGCGAGGAUAAAAGAGAGGAGAGGUCAACGAAUGUUCUCGCGACUUCUAGAUCUGGGAGACUGCAGCGUCUAGGACCCACAGCCCAUAUUCCAUUUGGAGGUCCAGGCCCUCCCAGCAGGGAGUACCCUGGCAUCCUGGUAUCUGAUGGCUCCCAAGCCAAUAGCAAUCUGAACAACCCUCACCCAGCUCUGGAGGCCAGGGGUAUCCCCUGCCUCCUGCAUGGCCUGCCCGCAGGUCUCAGAGAAAAGGACAGUCCUGCAAAAUGGGGGAAUGGGAAGCCUCCUACCUCCUGCUCUGGAGCCCACCAGGAGAGGUUGCCCAGAGGGCACAGGGAGUCCCUCAGCAGGAGCUUGCAGCGGAGACCCACAGAAUCUGGCUUCUGCACAGUCAUGUGACCUCCCCACUGCUGGCUACAGCCUUCACCUCUGCAGAAGCUGCCUGUAUGCACACUAGGAGUUUCAGGGGACUUAGCCUCUUCCCAAUUGCUCAACCCUGAUGGACACGGAGCACAGGGUGUCCGGAACACAGCCAGCCAGUGAUCCUGAGGAGGCUGGCCAGGACUUUGUAGUCUCUGCUCUGGGAGGUUCUGUUUGCUCCUUAUGGGAAUUUUUGGACUCAACAGGUUUAAAAAACAAUGGUGAAUUUUACUUUUUCCCCUAGAUCCAAACUUUAUGAUUGCUAAGGCCCUUAUAAAUUCUAAAAAUUAUGACUUCCUGGUCAAGUGGCUUUGGAGUCACCAACUCUUCAGUCCUGAAUUUUCUCAUAUGGGAAGUAGGGAUGUAACUCUACAAAAGUUACAUGGUACUAGAAGCACCUACUUCCUCCAUGAAGUAGAGGGGAUGCUGGGUAUAGGCUCAGGCCCGCAACCUGUCAGACAACUGCUGCCCCAGCCUGGCAACAACAGUGAUGCUGGGUUUACUGAGCAUUUAGCACCUACCCCCCACCACUCUUAGUGCUUCACAAGUGUUUUCUCCUUUAACCCUCACAAAUUCAUGAGAUGCUGUUAUUAUCCCCUUUCAUAGAUGAGGGAAAUAGAGCAUAAAGCAAGCAUAAGUAGUUUGAAUUCCCAGGGUUACACAACUAGUAUGUAAAGAAGUUGGGAUUCAAACCCAAGGAGUGAAUACCUUCUAGAAUGCUGUGGAGUUCACUCCCCCAGCUAGGCCAUGGCUUACCCAGAGUUAGUUGCAAAGUGUGUUUAUGCUGGUUGUGUUACUUAAUUUGUCAUUUAAUUAAACAUUAUAUAUGUUGGUGAGUAAAGUGAAAACAAAGAUUGUUUCAAUGAAAACUAAGUUGGAUGCUUAGAAGACUAAGGUGAGUCACUUGCAAAAGCUGCUGUAUACUAUGCUGAAUAGAAGUGAAAAGGGGGAAAAAAGCUGUAGAAUUAGACGUAAGCAGGAGAUUAUUAUAACUUUGGAGAAAAUCAUAAAAAUCUAAAUAAAUU